AUGUCUUGUAAUUAUGCUGAGGGACUGUCGAAAUAUGAGAACAAAGGAGUUCUUGGCGUGGCAGAGGUUUUUGACUCUCCAGAACUCAUCGAGAAUAAAUGCGAACAAUUAGUAAAGAUGAUGCUAUCGUCUAGGCAUACCGUUAUACAUACUGGGGCAGGUAUUAGCACCAGUGCUGGCAUACCAGAUUUCCGUGGGCCCAAAGGAGUUUGGACACUGGAGGAAAAAGGCGAAAAACCAUCAGUCAACAUUUCGUUUUCCGAUGCCGUCCCCACCAAAACACAUAUGGCUCUCAAAGCGCUUGUAUCUGCCGGACACGUUCAGUACAUUGUCAGCCAAAACAUAGACGGUCUACAUCUUCGGUCGGGUCUUGCACGAGAAUAUAUUUCUGAACUGCACGGUAACAUGUUUUUAGAGGUAUGUACUAAGUGCAGGCGACAAUACGUUAGAAAUGCACCAGCACCUACGGUAGGCAAAAAGGUCACUGGUAAUAUUUGUCCCGGUGUGGGCAUUGGCCGUACUUGUCGAGGUGGAAAACUCAUCGACAACAUUUUGGACUGGGAACACGACCUUCCUGAAAAUGAUCUUCAACUAGCAUUUAUGCAUUCUACCAUGGCUGAUCUGAAUAUUUGCCUGGGAUCAACAUUACAAAUUAUACCUAGCGGUGACCUGCCUUUAAAAAAUUUGAAAUACAACGGACGAUUAGUCAUUUGCAAUCUGCAGCCAACCAAACAUGAUAAAAAAGCAGAUAUGAAGAUUUCUACAUUCGUCGAUGAGGUGCUUGAAAAGGUAGCCAAACGAUUGGGAGUAGAAAUUCCUGAUUAUCAGUCUGACGACGAUCCAACGAAAGGUAUUAUGUACAGUACUCAAUGGACAAUCUCUUCUACCUUCAUCAAGAGUUUAGAAAAACGGUAUGAUGCUAUGGUAAAAGAGAGAGGAAUAUUUAAGAAACGUGGUCCCGCAAACGAAAAAGUAGAGAAAGGUGAAGAUAUAAAAACUGAUAAGAAAAAGAUAAAAUCAGAACAUUUGCCAAAUGAAACAAAUAAAUGA